AAAUUGUUGGCCGAGAAUGACCGAAGCGGCCUUCGUGCAUUUUGUUUUGUACUCGUUCGGUAUCUUGUUUGCGUCUUUAUUUGUCGUGUAGUCAUCUUUUUCUGUGCGUGAAAAUGGCAGACAUCUCUAAAGAGGAUCUCCGUAAGGAAAUUACCGCAAUCUUGAAAGACGCCGAUCUCGCAACGACGUCUGCGAAAAAGGUCCGCCAGCAGCUCGAGAAAAAGCUCGACGCGAACUUGCUAUCCCGCAAAAAAGAGAUUGACACUCUAGUUAUGGAGUACGUAAAUUCUAAAGACACCGGUGCUAAAAAGAAGGCGAAAAAAUCAGAGUCCGACGAGGAGGAGGAAGAGAACGAGGACGACGAAGAGGAGGAGGGCGAUGAGGACGAGGAGGGCUCCGAGGACGAAAAGAAGGACGGUAAACGGGCCGGCGGCAAAAAAGCGGCGCCCGCCAAGCGCUCCAAGAAGGCCUCCGAUUCUGAGGCGAGCGAGCCGUCCGACGAAGGCGAAUCCGAGGAGGAGUACUCGCCGAAAAAAUCCAAGCCUCCGAAAACUCGCAAGCUUCCCCCGAAGAAGAAGAAGGGAUCCGAGUCGGACUCCGACGAAGACUGGGCUAAAACCAAAAAGGGCGCCAAGAAAGGCGGCGGUGCUGGCGGAGGCGGCGGCGCCAAACGUGCCGGAAGCGGUUAUACUAAAAGCAUGACGUUAUCGCCAGAAUUGGCGGCGUUAGUCGGACAGAGCUCGAUGGCGCGUCACGAGGUUGUCAAAAAGAUUUGGGAGAUUAUCAAAGAGCGCGAUCUGUACGAUCCGAAAAAUAAACAGUUCGCUAUUUGCGACGAUGCACUGUUUAAGGUGAUCGGUACUAAACGUUUUCGUACUUUCGGUAUGAUGAAGUAUUUGAAAAGUCAUUUCAUAAGUUAAAUUAUUACAAAUAAUUACUAAUUGAUUGUAGUUAUUGCAAUACUUUUAGGUUUUAUAUCUUAAGUAAGUCCUUGACAAAUUAAAUUAGUUUUCGUAUAAUCACACUUUCUCAAUCUUUCCGUUCGCGAUUGUAAUAGUCCCAUUUCUUCUGUAAUUUUCUACAGGAAAAGUCUGUACUACUUUUGAGUUUGUUUAGUUUUUGUGUUAAAACGUAGGCGAAAUAUAAAUUCCACUUUGAUGUAGAUCUACUGAAUGUAUUUUUGUGCAC